AUGCCAACAACAAUGGCAAGCAGUCCCCAUCGUUUCGGGACAAUAGCUGUCGCUUUAAUGAUGUUAAUUCUUUCAUGUUUUAUUGCAAUCAUCACGGCACAAGACGAAAAUGGGGUGAAUAUGGCCUCUACCGAACAAAUGCAACAAUUAAAGGCUCAAAAAUCUGUCCAUCUCAAUUACUUGGAGGUGGCUGGAGUACUGAAAACACAAGCAGACGAAUUAACAGCAUCACAAGCAAAGAAGAAACUUUUAGAUACAAAGGAGGCCAUUGAAUUGUCCGCACCAUUCCUCCAAGCUUUGAACGUUACAGAAGAUCAAUUUGUUGCCAUGCUUUCAACGAAACAGACUCAGCUGCAAAGUGUUAUGAGUUUGGACUUGGAAUUGAACAAUUUACUUGCCCUUACCCAAAAUUCUGCCGACAUGGUUGGAAAGAACAUCAAAGAUUUUGUCAGUGCGUUCACUAAAAAAGCAUACACCACAGAAGAGUAUUACACCACAAGUAAGGAGGCAAUGAAUGACACUGUCAUUCUCACUCCUAUGGAUUCGAUCCUUCCAAAUUUUGGUUGGAACAACCAAGUUCGACGAAUUAGAAACCGUCUCGCUGUUGGUUUGAAACAUGUAUUGAUGUUGGGUCAAAAUGGAAAGCUAUACUCUACUGGAAUCGCAUACAAUGGAAAUCUUGGAAGAACGAAUACAGAUUCUAGACUCUUGUACAAUCUUCCUGUUGAGGGACUUGAUGGUUUACAAAUUCUUCAAUUUGAUGCCAACUAUUUCUUUUCUUUGGUGCUUACCAAUGAUGGAGUGUACAGCUUUGGAAUUAAUGAUUACUCUCAAUUAGGAACUGGAGACAGAAAUAAUAGAUUAAUUGCAGGAAAGGUUUACGGAUUUGGAUGGCAAACCAUUGUACAGAUUGCGACCGGAUGGAGAUCAUCCUAUGCCAUUGAUACUAAUGGCAAAUUAUGGGCCUGGGGAGACAACUCAAAAGGACAACUUGGUGACAGAACUUUUUCUGAAAAGAAUAGACCAUUCCCUGUAUAUCCUUAUGGUGCCAUUGGUUCUACUCCUAUUGUUAGAGUUUGUGGUGGAGGUGAAUUUGCUUUGGCUCUCACCUCCAACAAUACGCUUGUUUCAUGGGGUGAUAAUACCUUUGGUCAAUUGGGAAAUAACAACAUGUCAGUCACUAUUUCUGGAGAACCUGUACUGGUCUAUCAAUCAGGUGAUUUAGCCGGAAAGGUUAUUGUUGACAUUCAAUGCGGUUAUGAUUUUUCUAUGGUUUUAUCAAGCACGGGUGAAGUUUUCUUAUGGGGCAAAAAUGAUUUUGGACAAUUAGGAGUGGCAGUUACCACAACUUAUUCUGUAGUUCCCAAAAAGUUGACCACUCUUACGAACUGUGUCGCCUCCCAAAUCUUUGCAAAACAUCAUAGCGCGUUUGUUUUAUGUACAGACAAUUCUCUUUGGAAUUGGGGUAGAAAUGAUGCGGUACAACUUGGAAAAGCAGCAUCCACUUACGAGGCACCACAAAAGAUCGAUCAUACACUCUUCCUAACUUCGGAUUUCUCUACUCUCGGCUAUCCAAAGAUUAUUGAAAUUGCAACCAACAAAUUUAACACAUUCAUGAUGACAACCGAUUUCAAUAUUUGGGGAUCCGGUACUUGUGGUGAUGAAGCUAAUCUACAAUAUGGUUUAUUUUAUGGUGAUUCUACCAGUACUGCUGCCACUUGUUCAAGACAAAUUUGCUCCGGACUAACCUGUGCUUAUCCUAAAAAUUACAUCUUGACGACCUCGAAUUAUGCCAAAAUGCCAACAUUUAAUGAUUGCUAUCUUCCUCUCCAUAUGAGAAGAGCUCCUUAUUUUGAAAUUGGAUCCAGAGCUUACUUGUUACAAACUGACAAUGUUGUUCCUACUCGUGUUGGCAAUGGAUUUAACAUGUUCUAUAAGGAGUUUAAUGAAUCCGAAGAUGCUUGGAACGUAUUGGAACGUGAUGCUUCCGUCGGAAAUGCUUUCCCUGUUUCUCUUUACAAUAGUCAUUUUUUGAAGUCUAACGAAUUUGUUUACUUCUUUGGUGGUUUUGUGAAUGAUGACUUGUCGAAUGCUAUAUAUUCAGCUCCUAUUUAUGAUGUAGAGAAUGGAUGGCAAUUGUUGAAUGCAACCUUACCUUAUCCUGUUGCUGCUGGAAUGACUGCUGUGAUCAAUGGUUAUUUGUAUAUUUUUGGAGGAAUUACCUCAGUUUAUACCUAUACAUCGGGCUCUGCCAAACCAGUUGUUUCUACUUCUGUGACAGACAAGAUUAUUAGAGCACCUUUGGAUAACCUUACAAAUUGGAUGGUAGUUCCAAAGGUUCUACCCUCGAAGUUACACAGUGGUCAUUUGAGUAUCAUUGACAAGUUUGUUUACAUUUUUGGUGGUGCUACGGACUAUAGAAAGUCAGAUUGGAAUAUAUACAGGGCACUGUUGACUGAUCCUGCUACUUGGGAAAUGACCUUUGGUUUGUUACCUUUCUAUACAGCCAACGCUGCUCUUGUUGCAACCAAUUCUCAAUUAUUCUUGUUGGGUGGUGCACGUGACAGCAACACCAAUGCCGGUAAUUACAUUGCUGUGGGCUACAAAUCAGACCCAGUUAAGUCAUGGAUGGCAAGUGAUCGAGUGCUGCCUCCUGAUGCAUCACAGUCCCUUGUUCCUGUAGUCAGAAAUGAUACAGUACUGUUGUAUGGAUCUGAAAUUAGAAGAUCAACACCAUAUAUGACACAAUCUGCAAGGACUGGACGUGUUUUAAAACUUUCUCUUGGUCUUUACUAG